AUGGAUGAAGAUAUUGCUGUUGUUGGCAUUGGGUGUAGCUUCCCAGGAGGUGAGGGACUUGACAAUUUCUGGAAAGUUCUUGUUGAAGGCAAAAAUUAUGCUGUGGAUAUACCAGAGCAGAGGUUUGAUAUAAAACAGUGGUUCAAUGAGUUCGAUCACAGGUUUUUUGGCAUCUCUGAAGCCGAAGCUAAUUUUAUGGACCCCCAGCAGAAGCUUCUUCUGCAUUGUUCUUAUAGAGCACUGGAGGAUUCUGGCAUUCCCAUGGAAAAAGUCAGUGGCUCCAGAACAGGUGUUUAUAUAGGGUUAAUGAACAGAGACUAUGAAACACUACUGAACAACAGUCCAAGUACAAUCACCCAUUACAAUGGCACAGGGACAGCGAUGAGUAUAGCAGCGAACAGGAUCUCAUACACAUUCAACCUCACUGGACCUUCAUUUGCCAUUGACAGUGCCUGCUCCUCUUCCUUAGUUGCACUCCACUCUGCAUGUCAAGCAAUCAGACAAGGUGACUGUGAGAUGGCACUUUGUGGAGGCGUUAGCUGUAUUCUUGAGCCACGGGUCUUUGUGGCUCUCAGCAAAGCUAAAAUGAUUUCCCCUGAAGGCACCAGUAAACCUUUCUGUAGAAGAGCAGAUGGAUAUGGUAGAGGGGAAGGCUGUGGAAUAGUUCUUCUAAAGACGUUGAAAAAAGCUCUUCAGGACUUUGACCAUAUUUGGGGCAUUGUAUGCAAGACAGCUGUAAAUCAAGAUGGCCACACUGUCACUCCAAUCACAAAGCCAUCGAUGGUCCAGCAGGAAGAGCUUCUUAAAAGAAUCUAUUCAACAGGGACUUACAUGAUGGAUGUCCAGUAUAUAGAGGCUCAUGGGACUGGGACUCCAGUUGGAGAUUCAGUAGAAGCAGAGAGCAUCUCUAAAGUCAUUGCCAAGGCACGGUCUUCAGAGGUAGGGCCACUCCUUAUCGGCUCGGUUAAGAGUAACAUUGGACAUACAGAAUCUGCAGCAGGAGUGGCAGGACUGAUAAAGGUACUUCUGAUGAUGAAGUAUGAAACCAUUGUACCUUCAGUGUUCUACUCUGAGGAAAGUUCUAGCAUAGAUGUUAAAGCUCUCAAUGUAAAAAUCCCCACAAAGCUGAGAAAUGGCAUUGCAAUAGUUCCAUGGAGAGGGUGGCUGGAAUUAAUAAUUUUGGUUUUGGGGGAACUAAUGCACAUGCUAUAA